CGGGUACGACAUACACAGUAUUUUUAGAUCGUCUAUUUAAUUUUCUCCGGCUCGUCACAAUUACAAUUAAUACAUACUCUACUGGGAUUCCAUUCUGCUGAGUCCUGCAUGACAGCUGUUGCCAGUGCGAUUGCCAGCAAGCAGGCCGGCAUUGGGCAAUUGCCUCCCUCUCGCACUCGUACAACUCUUGCCAUUGGCAUUGCGUCCGUUCAACCAAGCCGCAGCGCCCUUCUCACAAGUCUCUCACUCGACCUGGUCGCCAAAUUCAUGGCGGUGCGGGGUGCAUGCAUGCGCAGGCCUCUUCUGGGGCUCCUCUCCCGAGCCCUUGGUUUUGGGGAAGGCAGCGCGGGCGCCUUCAUUGAUGGAGCCAGUGUGAGGGCUUUUGCAGCUACCACUCAGCCUACGGGGCGCACAGGCAGUGGCAGCGUAACCAAUGUGAGUGGUCAAAGGGAGCAGGAAGCAGCAGCGGACGAAGGAGCUCCCCCACCUGACAGUUCGUUUGAUGGUGGGGGGGCGGCGGGGAGUGCAAUGGGGGGUGAAGGGCAGAAGGAGGGGGCUGUCAAUUCUGAGCACACCCAGAACUUUGACAAGGAGAAGGGGCGCGAAGGAGGAAAAGCAGCAAUUGGGCAGAAGGGCACCCGGCAGUACAGCACAUUUGCAGCUGGAGCCUUGCAUGCAAGCCCCAGAGCAGCCCCAGUCUCGCACACUACGCGGGUGCACAGCUUGCGAGCAUUCUGCAGCGUCGAGACGCCCACCAUCGACAAAGAAAAGGCUACAUCAGACAAGGACAUCUUCAGGUCAGCCCCAGGGGGAGCCGCCAUGGAGGAUGAGAAAGAGGAAGAGGACCCAAAGGAAACUACUUCAGGGGAGGGGGAGAAGGUGCAGGGCGAGGGCAAGCCAAUCGGACGAGAGAUGGGGACUGGCAGUGCUACCAACGUGAGUGGAGCUGGCACUGAGGGGUCAGGCGAUGUUCCUGCAGACUCGAGCUUUGAUGCAGGAGGCAGUAUGAACAUGGACGAUGGAAAGCACAAGGGGGGCAGGGAACACACACAGAACUUCGAUGAUGAAAUGAAGACCAAAGGGGGUUCAAAGAAGGCAGUCAACUGAUUGGCGUGUCUUGCACAGAAGUAUGAUGUUAAUGAGUGAGAUGGGCAGGAUAUGUGACUCCACAGGACCCUCCUGAGCACAUGAGUUAGUUGUAUCAUAAAGACGAUUCACGCUCAAUGAUAUUUGCACGCUUCAAGGGGCCGCCUUUUUGUAUCAUACACCAGGCGAGAGCUCGUUAGGCAGGCCGGUAGUGUGCGAACUGCACGCUGUGCUAUUACUAAACAACUGAGCUAUCUGUGAAGCCUUGCCAAGGCGGCUAGUUGAGAUUUCAACUUGCUGGAUUGCUUUGCACUGAUCAUCUCCUGUCAGCUGAUAACGUAGAUACGAGAGGCAUUUAAUAUGACACACUCGAAUGGGCUUGGAAAGUACGGUAUGCCUGCACAUAAGUUGAAUACGACACCAAUCUGUGAGUCUUUGAUCCUCCAGCGAAUCAG